ACAAAGUCAAGCGCAAGCCUGCACAGUCAACAAGUUGCUGAAGGGACAGUUCUCAGUAGCAUCUAAACUGCGUGUUUGCUUUUGGGGUAGGAGGGGCAAACAUUUUGGGUGGUCGUCUUGCGACAAGUUGCUAAAAGCAACAUGUCACUGUCACGCAACAUGUCAUGCCAAGAGGAGCGUAGGAUUCAAUUGGAGCGUUAGCUCACCCUGUUUCGGAUCAAUUGGGAGAACUGGUUUUCUGUGUGCAAAGUGGGCAGGCAUCAGCUUUUGCAGUUAAUGCUUUUAAAAACAGAACGUGUUGGAAAGAGCAGUAUACAUACAGAGUCCGUCAACAGUAACGGGCACUGCCCUCUAGUGGCCAAAGAGUGCACGUGCUCAUUUGUCAAAUUCUGGAGCAGCAUCAACAUCCAAAUUUGACGUCACGUUGUGGAGCGAAUCGAAGUGCGCUUCCAGAUAAGCCACAAGCUGACAAACACUAACGAGAUAUGCUCCAGCAAAUUGAAAAAUGUUGACGUUUUGAUUCUCACCAAGUGUUUACACAAAAAGCCACAAAGCAGAAGGGACUUGGAGGAUGUAAAGGAGUCUUGGAAUGAUCAGCCCAUCGAGCAUGUGAGUUGUUGUCUCCUUUGCUUGGAAACUGCUCUUGUCAACCUUUCGACCGGUUAUCUUUCACCUGCUGUUAUCUCAGUCCUGCCUGUACGUUAAACCCUGGCUGGCCAUAUAAAAGCGUUGUAGGAAAGGUGCGCACCUUUCUACCUGGCAUCUGCCGAAGCCUGCGCGUACAAAAAGCCGAGACGGUGCAAAGAGAGCGAUGGGCUGCUGUAACAAGAGGUGCACGCUCCUCGCCGGAGCUGUCGUCGGGGCGGCCAUGGCCCUACUGGGGGGCAUCUUGAUCCCGGUGGGGAAUGGACUCAUUGAGCAAACGGUCUUACAGGAAGCCGUGAUCGUAGAAGGAACGCCGGCGUAUGACAACUGGCUGGCACCGGGGGGAGCGGUCUACAGACAGUUCUGGUUCUUCGAUGUGCAAAACGCCAAGGAGGUGGUGGGGGAAGGUGCCGUUCCGGCGGUGGUGGAGAAAGGACCUUACACCUACUUGACCAGAUACUUGCCCAAAACCAACAUCACCUUCGAGCCCAACGACACCGUGUCUUACCUGCUUCCGCUGGGUGCCACGUUUGAGCCGUCCUUGUCGGUGGGAGCGGAAGAGGACAUCAUCACCUGCUUGAACUUGGCGGUGGCGGGGGCGUAUUCCAAGAUUCCCAAAAUGCUGCAUCCCAUACUCGAGACCAUGAUCAAGAACAGCAACUCGUCUUUGUUCCAGCACCGCAGCGUCAAAGAGCUGCUGUGGGGCUACAUGGACCCCAUGUUGAAAACCACCGUGGGCCUUUUCACACCCUACAACGGCACCUUUGACGGUUACUACAGCGUCUUCACCGGCAAGGGCGACAUCAGCAAAGUGGGCAUGAUCGACAAGUGGCGAGGAUCCAGGAGUUUGACCUUCUGGGACGACAAGUAUUGCAACAUGAUCAACGGGACAGAUGGUUCAAACUUUGCUCCUUUUGUGGAUGUGACAAAGCCCCUCUUCUUCUUCUCCUCGGACAUCUGCAGGUCGGUGUCAGCCAGCUUCCAGUACGCCAGGGACCUGAAGGAAAUCCCGGUGUACCGCUUCGGAUUGCUGCAGUCCACCUUAGCCUCGCCGGUGGACAACCCCGAAAACCACUGCUACUGCCGGGAUUUCAAGACCACCAAAAACUGCACCAUGGCAGGGGUUCUGGACAUUAGUUCUUGUCAAGACGGACAGCCCAUCUACAUCUCCUUACCUCACUUUCUUCAUGGCACUCCUUCCCUGCAUAAGGCCAUCAAGGGGCUCAACCCUAUCGAGGAGCACCAUAAGACCUAUCUGGACGUGGAGCCCAUAACGGGAAUUACUCUGGGCUUUGCCAAGAGAAUUCAGGUGAACAUGAUGUACGGACCCUCCAACGUCAUCACGGUGUUGAAGAAAAUCAAGGAAAGAACCAUUUUCCCUCUGGUUUGGAUGAAUGAGACGGCAGAAUUGGACGAGGAAUCUGCGGCCCUGCUCAAGGAGGAGCUGGUGGACCGGAUCAAGAUGCUGGACGUGACCCAGAAGGUCCUACUGGGCUCCGGCCUGGCUGUUUUUGCCAUUUGCCUGAUGUGGUACGCCGCCAUUCGAUGCACCGACGACAAGUCGGAAACCGUCUGAUACUGCUCUUUUGAUACGCACUUAUUUAUAAUGUCUCCCGUCCCUUUGCUAUUCAUACUGUGAUUUUUGUAAAGUGAAAACUUGACUUUAAUUCAACUAAUCAGGGAUUCGGGGCCUUCUUUAAGUGCAGUUUGAUAAGCUACAUGACGUGCGACACGCUGGUUCUGUUUGUUGGUGUUUACGUGCUUUGUGGCUUGAAAAGGAA